GCUACUUUUGCUGGAAGAUGACAGUGACGGAGAUGUUGAAGACGAUGAAUUUUUUGACGACGAAUACGACUCCGAGGAGGAUAUGGACAUGGAUUUUGAAGAGUUCCUACUCUACAUGGCUAUGCGACAAGGACUUUUUGGAGAUCUUUUCAGGUCUUCUAGUUCUACGGAAACAGAUGGAGAAGGAGGCACUAAUGAUCGCAAAUGGAGUAUUCGUACAGCAACAUCAGAGGAUAUUGCAGAAGCUGAGCGUGUCAAGGAAGAAAGGAGAAGGAUGUGGGCAGACAAAGGUAAAGGAGAUGAUCAUGUUGGAG